AUGUCCAGUUUCAGAAUUCAAGUAGCGUUUCUUCUUCUAUUUGGUACACUUCUGGAAGCCGGUCUACCUAAAGGUUUCAUCCUUAACAAAGCAACUAAAAAUGCCUACAAAUUGAUGUAUCAAUCUGCAACUUGGCCGGUGGCUAGGGACACGUGCAAUGAACUUGGGGCACACUUAGCAGUACCUCGUUCACAGGACGAGUUCUUCUUUAUCCAGAAACUAGUCCGUGGUAUGCAUUACCCUAGCAUCAACGGAACAGAUAACAAAUUAGUGGUCUGGCUUGGAAUCAAUAAUUUAGAAGACUAUAAAAUUUGGAGAAACAUCUACGGUGAAGACAUAAAGAAGACUGGCUUUUCGACAUGGACUGGAGAUAACGGAAAGGGGUUUAGUAAUGCUCCUGAAGAGCCUCAUUGUGGAGCAAUAGACGCUGCAAAUCCUGGACUACGGGACUACUGGUGUCACCGAAGACAACCCUAUAUCUGCCAAAUUGACCUCAUACGAAAUAAUCAAUAA